AUAAACCAGCAAUUAAGGAAACAACAAAUCAAGGAGAGACCCCAAUCCCAUCAAAUAAAAGAUAUCCCAGAAAAACUAAUUAGAUUAAAAACAUGUCAGGGGCCCAAGGAGCUCAGCCGAAGGAUUAAACGGCAACGACGUACGAAUCGAUACCAGGAGGAGAGAACAGAACAAGGACCGAGUUGAAAUCGCAGGAGGAUGAAGGCGGUAUUCAGAUCGAUAAAAUCCAGGACAAGGUUCAUCAUUCUGCCGGCGAAGGCGGUCCGGUCUUUGGUGCUGGCAAGAACGAGAACAAGCAAGAUCUCGGCGUUACGGGCACCGGCUAGCCUAGCUAGUUAUAUUUAAACGUACACGGAUGAUGUAUGUGCUGUGCUUAUACGUAAGUAUCGUUUCCUUGUAUCUACUGUAACUAGUAAAGAAAGACACGUGCAAGGCACGUGUUCAGUUUAGAAUUAGUUAUGAAUGUAAAUAUUGUAAUAAAUAAAAAAUAGACAUUAGCUAUUACCUUUAUGGUCACCAUCAUUUUUCAUAUUUAUUGUUUUUAUCAAAGAACGGUUUGAUUUU